GACAGAGAGGACCAGGGUAGAGAGUAGAGAGAGAGAGAAGAACUAGUAUUAUCUUUAAUCCGAAAGCUUGUUUGGAUUGGGGGAGUUCUGUCCAGCUCAUUCACUGUCUUCUCUCUCUCUUCCUGCUCCUGCCCGGAAACCCUUUUGUCGGCUUUUGGGUCAUUGAAUUAACACCAAAUAAUCUCACUUCUUCACUCAUCAUUUCUCACUUACUCAGUGCUCACCACUGCUGUGCCACCUUUCAGGGCAUCAGGCCCUGCAUUCUCCCCCCUUUCCCCAUUACCACCACCAGCGCUACCACCAUUAUUGUCAUAAACAUUUCCACUAUCUAACCCAUAACCUCAAGACCACUAAUCAGAGCUCAUUCUCUUAAAGAAAUUAAGAAAAGAAGAAAAAAUAACCUGAAAAAACUGACCUAAGAUGGCUCGCUUCUCUUAUUUUCUCAGCCAUCUUCUUCUUCUACUUCUCGCUUGUAAAGGUGCAUUUGCUGCUACAUUCACAUUUGUCAACAGAUGUGAGUACACUGUCUGGCCCGGUAUUCUGGCUAAUGCAGGCAGUCCUAGACUCGAUACCACUGGGUUCGAGCUUCCAAAAGACACUUCCCGUUCUUUCCAAGCCCCAACCGGCUGGUCCGGUCGCUUCUGGGCCCGUACCGGCUGCGCCUUCGACGAUUCCGGAUCCGGAUCCUGUCUUACCGGCGACUGUGGCUCGGGUCUCGUUGAAUGCAACGGUCUCGGUGCAGCUCCACCAGCUACUCUCGCUGAGUUCACACUCGGGUCAGGUGGACAGGACUUCUAUGACGUUAGCCUAGUAGAUGGGUAUAAUUUACCCAUGCUUGUCGAAGGGAGUGGCGGGUCGGGUAUGUGUGCUUCCACAGGUUGUUCCGCGGAUCUGAACCGACAAUGUCCGGCUGAGCUAAAAGUUGGUGGUGGUGACGCGUGCAAAAGCGCGUGUGAGGCGUUUGGAAGUCCAGAGUAUUGUUGUAGUGGCGCGUUCAACACACCUGCUACAUGUAAACCCUCUGUUUAUUCGGAGAUGUUCAAGUCUGCUUGUCCUAGAUCGUAUAGUUAUGCCUAUGAUGACGCUACUAGCACAUUUACUUGCACUGGUGCUGAUUAUACGGUGACGUUUUGCCCUUCUUCCCCAAGUCAGAAAUCUUCAAGCUAUUCAACGCCCGGGACAGCAUCAUCAACAACAACAACACCAGUAGAAGGGUCAGGAUCAGGAUCUGGGCUAGACUAUUCAGGUUCAGGUUAUAACUCUGGGUCAGUAUCUGGAUCCGGUGGUUCUGGAGAAACCAUGCUAGCAGAUGGAUCAUGGUUAGCCGGUUUGGCUAUGGGAGACUCCAACAGGAUAGCUUCUCCUACGGCACUGCAAUCUGCACUUAUGGCAUAUGCUACAACCAUAUUUCUCAUUGUAUUCUCUGUGUACUUGUAGCGCUAAGUGAUCUCUCUCUCUCGUUUUCCUUUGCUUCGUGGGCUUCGGCUGUUUAAUGUGAAUUAUUUUCCAGAUUUGUAGCCUCUUUGUAGGGUGCUCGCUUGGGAUUUUGCCUUUGUUAGGGAAAGCUGACACAGAUUCUCCAUUCCAGAUUGUAAAACCACCCACUUCCAGGAUGCUGUCUUCUUAAAUUCUCUCUGUUACAUACCUAAGAUGUGUUUAUGUUUCAAUAUUAAUUUUGAGGAUUCUUGGUUC